GUAUAAUCCACUCAUUACGCACGAGGACAGAAGAAAAUAAGAUACUAUGACACCCUAAAAAUAAUCCCUAAUGUGACCAAAGUUUAAUCAGGGACGUGGAGAUGUAUUUUAGUACUAUUUCCACUGACCACAGUUUGAUCCAUGGCGCGCAGGCAGACUUUUACGCAUGCCAUUAAAUUCAUUCAGAUGACUUAUACGUUUGUGUCAGAGUUGGAGAGAAGACAAAGUGAUGCUUCCAGUUCAGCAUCCUGUCAAAAGUGAUUCGGACAUUGAUGCUGAGGACAAUAUGACGAGGGGGAGGGGCACAAACUUACCAUUAGACUUUAUCUUUAUGAGUUAGGAAUGGGCUACAUUUUAUUUUAUUUUAUUUUAUUCUAUUUUAUUUAGGUUUUCCACAUCAAAGAUUGAAGCUUAAAGCUUCAAAUCUCAUAAUGUUUAUUUUAAAUACAUAAAAAGGUUAUUCUAUCAACAUUGUCAGAGCAGUCUACUACAGCGUGGAGCGUGCAGCCACACUGACCUACAUGUCUGAACAGCAAUAAAUGAGAGCCAAAGGCAGUGCCAUUUUCAAUGACACUGCACCCAGUGCAGGAACACAACAGCCUUGCUCUCCAUCCGGCCAUAUUUGAUUUCCAGCUGUUUUUUCGCAGAAACCUCUCCGAGCCAGACAACCCCCUAAGAUAUAUUAAAGUGCGCUGUCUGCAUCCAGAGAUAUAAUCCAGAGACUAUGCCACUCCGCUCUCCAUUCUCGACCACGUGAUUGUCUAAAUAAUUAAUGCAGCACGUCCCCCUAGAAACACGGCGUCGUCAUUAAUCGCAAGGACUCUAUCAGACUUGAAAACUGAAGAGAUCCCCCAAGAAAAUAAUAUCCGAUUCUCGGUGCAACUGUAGCCCCGCAUUGUAGCUGCGCAUCUGAGCCGAUGGAUGUUCGGGUAGGUAAAUGUUUCCGCAUUUUUCAUGUUGGCAGAGCAGGUAAAUGACGAUAUCAAAUGUCGUGAUAUUUGAUCAAUUGCUCCCUUCGAUGUGUGCGCUCUGCGCGGAUUUGCGCGGUGGCUGCUUUCUUUACGCAUGUUCGUGUUCUCUUAUUUCUUUAUUUUUUGUAACAAAGUAUAUUUAUAAUUUGAUGCUAGGCAUGUAUCUUGGAAUAGAUUGACAGGAGUAAUCGCUAAGACAAAAAACUUGAUGGCAUUGACAUGUAUAGCUCGCUGUUAGGAACUGCUCAGAUUGGCCACAUCUCCUGGUCCAUUCAUUCCUAAUAAAAGACCAUUUUAAUUUUUUAAAACAUUCAAAACAAAAACGGAGUUCUCCUUUAAAAGACAGCCUCAAAGUCAUAAAUUAAACAAGUUAUGAGAACACAAGACUUUUCAUUUUCUAUCAAAUAUUUGCCUUUUGCCUUAGACUUGAUUUGAAUUCGUGUUAAAAAGAGAGAUAGGAUGAUUUCAUUCUGAUUUCUUCGAAGUGCUGGAUGUUUAGUCAGCCUGACAGAUCUGCCUCCUUGUAAAUCAUUCUAAGUAAUUCUUAAAAGUGUGCGAGGCUGUUGGGGGGCCGGGCGAAAACUGUAAAUCUUUCACUUUUAUUACCCUCCGAACAUAUGCUACGACGCUGCGAGUCCUGCAUCCCUUUUCUUUCCCAUCGCUCCAACUGGACCACGGUCUCUUAAAAAAGAAAAAAAAAAUACAGCUAUAUCCAUCGAUUUUAUUUUUGGUCUUUUUGUGCAUUCCUUUAUUUAUAAACACUGGAGGGAUUCCAUGGAGUUUGUGGUUGUGGCUGGAGACAAUGCAGGAGAAGCCAUGGCUCUUUGUGUUGCAGCAGGGUGUGAAGACAGACACAACAAACGCGAGAGGAUGAUGCGCUUUAUUUGAAUACAAUCCAUGCCCAUCUGCAUGAAAAACUCACAUGUCAUUUCCCCCAUAAAUCAUUCUUUAAAUCGUCUUUACGCGCACUGUCAUAUAGGCAUAAACACACAAAAAUAAUACAUUUGCAUUAAAAAGUCAUCCCACCUUUUGCGUUUUAGUAUAAAUUUACGCACUUCGGUUGGAGAUUUUUUCUGCAGACACAAAAGCAGCAAUAGUGCAGGGAUGGUUGCUAUAGAAGCUGUAUUUUUCAGAAUAUAUAUAAUUAAAGUGCGUCCAAACUGCACAUGGGCUUGCCUUUGAAUGGUGGAGUAAGGGCGAGCUGCAAUCCUCGAAAUGGUGAGAUAAAAAAACAGAAGUAGAGAGAGGAACAUUUUCACAAUCACACAGCCGAGACGAGGAAAUAAACGCCACCCUUUAUCAAAAUGGACUGGUGAGGUAAGAGCCUGCUUGAAGAAGAGAACAAUCACGUGAACAAAUAUGCUUGUAUCUAAAGGCAGCGCCUUUAUUUGUCAUCAUAAAGCUUCCGAAACACCAAAAAAUCUCAAUGUUAGCUGCAAAUCUGCACAGGCCCUGUAAAUUUCACUGGGGUGAUUGAUUGCCAGUGAUUUUUUUUUCUGGAAUAAGGAUACCUUGUUCGCUUUUUAUUGGUAGUUGAAUGCAAGUCCUUCCAUUCUUUCGGGAAUACUGUCUCCACUGGUGUAUGGAAAUGUCUGAAAAACAGCAAGAUCAGGUUUAGGACAGCUCUGUCUGCAGACAAAGGGUGAAGGAUUUAUUCUAGAGACUGCGUGGAAAGGAACCCAGGCUGAGGGGAAACUUGCUUUAUAUGAUGAAUUGAUUCCCAGGUCGAGAUGGAAGCAGUGAUGAAUGCGUGAGGGAUAUUAAAGAGAUCUUCGCAGAUUUCGCUCAAACCCCGGUGGAACGGUGGGAAACGCCAAUCACGUGAAUUCACAACACCCAUGUCAUUGGAUAGAACCUAUCUGGCUGAUUGGCUUUGAACCCACAAAAUGCAGAAAGCAACUUAUUACGACAACUCUGGACUGUUUGGGGGCUACAGCUACCCCAAACCAGACUCGUACAGCUACGGCCCCGCACACCAGUCCUACCCCACUGCUACCAUUGAGAGUGACUAUCAGGGCCCAGUGUGUCCCAUCCAGACCUCAGCGGUUCGGCCCCCGGCCCUCAAAGACACUGAUUUGAACGGAGACUGCAUGCGCCAAAGCAGCAGUCAAAGUGGCAACAAUGGCGCGCAAGCGGGGAGCAUUUCAGAGCAGCAGGCGCCUCCACUGUCCGCGUCCCCGCCAAGCUCCAACAGCUCUGCGUCCCAGAAGAAGAAGUCCCCCUCCGGUGGAGCCUCCGGGGCCACCACACCCGCCCUGGCGAAGCAGAUCUUCCCCUGGAUGAAGGAGACCCGGCAGAACGCAAAGCAGAAAAGCAACAACUGUGUUGCGGCAGGUGGGGAGGUGAGCGAUGAGAAAAGCCCACCGGGACCGGCCUCCAAACGGGUCAGAACUGCUUACACGAGUGCACAACUGGUGGAGCUGGAGAAGGAGUUUCACUUUAACCGCUACCUUUGUCGUCCCCGGAGAGUGGAAAUGGCCAAUCUGUUGAAUCUCACCGAGCGCCAGAUAAAGAUUUGGUUUCAGAACCGGAGGAUGAAAUACAAAAAGGACCAGAAGUCUAAAGGGCUCGCGCACUCUCCCUUGGGACACUCCCCGGACAGGAGCCCACCGCUGAGUGGCCCAAAUCACGUUGGAUACUCUGGCCAACUCCAGAACGUCAACAGCCUCAGCUAUGACGCGCCCUCGCCCCCGUCAUUCGCCAAGCCGCAGCAAAACAUGUACGGCCUGGCAGCGUACACCGCGCCGCUGGGAGGCUGCAUCCCGCAACAGAAGAGGUACCCGGGCUCCGAGUACGAACACCACGGCAUGCAGAGCAAUGGAGGCUUUGCCAAUCCCAAUUUGCAAGGCAGCCCCGUUUAUGUGGGUGGGAACUUUGUUGAUUCCAUGCCAGCCUCGGGCCCCAUGUUCAACCUCGGCCAUCUUCCCCACCCCUCAUCCACCAGCGUGGACUACAGCUGCGCCGCGCAGAUCCCAGGAAACCACCACCAUGGACCCUGUGAUCCCCACCCCACAUACACAGACCUCACCUCUCACCAAGCGUCUCAGGGAAGGAUUCAGGAAGCGCCUAAACUGACGCAUUUGUAAUAUGUGUGCGCGUGCGUGCGUGUGAGUGCGAGUGUGUGUGCCAAAAUUACGUUGCGCUCUUUUCUAUUACCUCACUAGUCUAAUAACUACACUCCAAGCGAAUCGUGUGUAUAAUUACAGUAUUACUGAUAUUACUAUUAAUGCUAUUGUGUGAUUAUUUUCUAAAUGAUGCAGCUUUUGUCCAUUCUUCUUGAACAUUUGGAGAUGCGCAGACGCACACUAGCCUGGUUGUCCAUAGUUAUUUUUUUUGUUUCAAAUGCUAAAGUGCAAUGCGCAACGUUGGACUGAAUAUUUCACGCCGUUACUUGAAGGCAAGUCUUGUAGAUCAUGAAGGUAGAAGCUCAUCCUUAGAGAGAGAAGGACUUUUAGGGGAAAUUUUGCAUCUGUUUGUUGGGAUGUCGUUUAAGUCACCCUAUUUAUUGCUUUAUCAUUAUUUCUCCUUUCUUGUUUUUGGCAUAAUCUUUCGCACUAGUCUAUUUAUUAUUGAAUUGCUUUUGUAUUGCACAUUAUUUAUCGCGAGUAUUUAUAAAUGGGGACAGGGCAGUGCACUUCCAAGUGUUGGCAAAACAGGGUUUGGAAAAAUGCUACGACUCGCAACGAAUAAUUGAAAGAAAAAAAAAAAGAAAAAGAGCCUUUCUUAUUGUAAAUCUGGUACCAAUGGGGCAUUUUAUAGUGUAUAAACCUCACUGGAUGUCCACAUAUGUCAAAUCUUAGGCGAAACGUAGACUAUCGAAAUAUUGUACACACCAGCAUGUCAUUUUUGUGUAUCCAUUGCUAUUUUUUUAUUUGUCUUCCAUCGUUUUUAUUCAGUUCCAUAAAUUAUGAAACUCUAAUGAUAUCGAAAUGUUAUAUUUUAUUGUGUAUAACAUUUUGUAAAUAAAGUGCUCAAACUUGUAUUUUUGUUGCAUUUUUUUAGCAGUAAGAUGGGUUUGUUUCCUCUGCUCAGCCUGCAGCUCCUCAUUAUUUUCUACUUCCUUGUUCAGCUGCUGCUGCUGAAACUGUCGGGCAAAGCAGAGCUUAUUGACUCGCAGCCUUACUGUACUGUCCAAACAGGCACAAGCAAUCAAUAAUUAGACACCAAGAUAUCUAAAAGUCAUCAGACGGCUCUAUGCUUCCAAUGCAAAGUGCAUUUCAGCGGAAUAAAAGCCUCUGGAUCUUAUUGAUGUUUUAUUUGUAUGUGGAGGAAGUGAAUCUAUGAGCUUAUGACAUUUUUUUUCUUGAGAUUUGGCCCCAUCAUUAUGAUUCAAAUAUUUGAAAUAAUACGAUUCUCUGUGACUAAAUGUGUCAAAAUGCUAAAAACAACAUAUAUGCCAAUAUAAAAAAAUCCAAAUAGGCUACAACGUUUGACUUUGGAAAGAUGCAAAGAUGUGUGCGUUUCUUUUACGCGCGAGAGAAAAAGAGGGGGGAGAAAGAGCAGUUCAUCUUUUAUUGCUCCUGGAGAGCCAUUUCAAAGCUCAUUAAUCAAAAACUCGUCGCUUUCAGGCUCCUCGCUGAUCCCUCCUCCUCGUGAACAAAGCAUUUGCAUUCCAAAUCCAAGAAACACAUUUCUAACCGCGCGCGCGGGCCAAUCUUUAAUGGUGGGGGGCAGAGCUGAAAGCUGAAAAGAAAGAAAACUCGAGGCUUCCACGUUCGCCUUUUGCGUGGAUGAUAGAUCCUCGAGUUUAAGGGAGGAUGAAGCCAAAUGAAACUGUUGUCAGAGAAAUUAUGUUUGGCUUUACAUCCUCGCAGCAUCAAAUUCAGAGUGAUCGCUCAGAGGGCUUUCAUUCAGGAAGCUGAACAUGCAGUUCAGGUCUUACAUUCUAUAAUAAAAGCUUUUAUUUAUAAGUAUUCUAAUCUAAAAUAAAAAAAAAAUAAAAGCCUUUUGUCAUAAUGUUUUAUAAGGGGCUGUAAAAUAUGUUUCUAAUCAAUGCAAUUCUGAUUGAGUUCUGAUGAAAAGGUUUUAAAUUAUUUUAAUUUUCUCGCAUGGGUUUUUGCACUUAAUUAAUCAAGCAGUUAUUGGAAAACAAUUAAAACAAAAAAUCUCUCCAAAAUAAUAGCAUUUUUAGCAUUAAUUAUCUUAAGCAUUGAAAAAAUGUAAAAAUACUGCCUAUUUAUUUGCAAUAGUAAUACAUUUUACAAAGAAAAAAUAAAACGCGUAAACAAUUUGAAUUAUUGAUCUUUAUAGAAAAAAAAUAAUAUUUAUAAAAGAAUAAAUAAAUUCACAGAUAUGUGUUUACCUUGAUUCUUCAAAACAGCAUGAAUAAAUGACAGUUUUAGUCAACAAAAAAGGGGAAACGUCAUCCUUUUUGAGCUACUUUAAGGAUGCAAAAAAAAAAAAAA